GACACAAAAAACAAAUUCGACAAGCGAUUAAACGAAAGACUUGCAUCUAGUUCCGAUAUUUCCAUUCGUAAAUACAUUCCUUUGAACUAGUUCGUUACCGGCACAUAAACAAACAAAAUGCGACUGUAUUGCCUCAGCAAUGACCUGGCCAAACCCUGCUAUGUCAUUACUUUUAAAGGAUUGCGGAUAAUGUUGGAUUGUGGACUGACCGAACAAACGGUGUUGAACUUCCUUCCCCUACCGUUUGUUCAAAGUGUGAAACUCUCAAAUUUGCCCAACUUCAUUCCAAGUCGAGAACACGACCCCCAAAUGGAUGGCGAGUUAAAGGAAUGCUGUGGCCGUGUGUUUGUGGACUCGUCUCCGGAGUUCACUCUGCCCAUGGAUAAGAUGAUGGACUUCAGUGAGAUUGACGUUAUACUGAUAUCCAACUAUUUGAACAUGUUAGCCCUGCCAUACAUCACCGAGAACACAGGAUUCAAGGGCAAGGUAUAUGCCACCGAGCCCACAUUACAAAUAGGCAGAUUCUUCUUAGAGGAGCUAGUAGAAUAUAUAGAGGUUGCUCCAAAAGCUAGCACAGCCCAAUUGUGGAAGGAUAUGUUACACAUUUUACCUACACCGCUGUGCGAAGCUUUUCGGCCGAAGAAGUGGCGGACAAUUUUCAGCUUGAAAGACGUACACAAUAGCCUUUCAAGGGUCACCAUUAUGGGAUACGAUGAGAAAUUGGACAUACUUGGCGCUUUUAUUGCAACACCUGUAAGUUCGGGAUACUGUUUGGGUUCCAGCAAUUGGGUACUUAGUACGGCACAUGAGAAAAUUUGUUAUGUCAGCGGUUCUUCAACGCUGACAACUCAUCCACGACCAAUAAAUCAGUCCGCACUUAAACAUGCCGAUGUUCUAAUAAUGACAGGCCUCACUCAGGCGCCCACUGUAAACCCAGAUACAAAACUGGGUGAACUUUGUAUGAAUGUGGCAUUAACGAUUCGCAACAAUGGCUCGGCCCUAAUACCCUGCUACCCGUCUGGUGUUGUGUACGAUUUAUUUGAAUGUUUGACGCAGAAUUUGGAAAACGCUGGACUUAAUAAUGUUCCGAUGUUCUUUAUUUCCCCUGUGGCGGAUAGUUCCCUGGCAUAUUCCAAUAUCUUAGCCGAAUGGCUGAGUUCUGCCAAACAAAAUAAAGUGUAUCUUCCAGAUGAUCCAUUUCCACAUGCCUUUUAUUUGCGCAAUUCAAAACUCAAACAUUACAAACAUGUCUUUUCCGACGGAUUUAGCAAAGAUUUUCGACAGCCCUGUGUCGUGUUUUGUGGACAUCCAAGUCUUCGGUUUGGCGAUGCUGUCCACUUCAUAGAGAUGUGGGGUAAUAAUCCAAAUAACUCAAUCAUAUUCACUGAGCCUGAUUUCCCCUAUUUGCAAGUUUUAGCACCGUUUCAGCCAUUGGCUAUGAAAGCCUUUUAUUGUCCCAUAGACACAUCGCUUAACUAUCAACAGGCAAACAAAUUAAUCAAGGAAUUAAAGCCCAGUGUUUUGGUCAUACCCGAAGCCUAUACAAAACCACAUCCAAGUGCACCUAAUUUGUUUAUCGAACAACCCGACAAGAAAAUUAUAACUUUUAAAUGUGGUGAUAUUCUUCGAUUGCCGCUGAAGAGAAAACUUGAUCGAGUGUAUCUCACCUCUGAAAUGGCUCAGAAAAUUGUCCCCAGAGAUGUAGGUAACGGUGUUACAAUUUCAACGAUCACUGGAAUACUUCAGGUUAAGGAUAAAGUACAUAACAUAAAGCCAUGCGCAGAUACUGUCAGUGAAAUGCCCAGUGGUAGUAAAAAACAGCCACCUCCCACCAGAGAAGAUGUGUUGAAAAAUGUUAAAUAUGAAUAUGGAAGCCCAGAUGUGGACUCGCUUGUAAAGCGUCUCAGCCAAGAUGGUAUUACCAAUAUAAAAAUGGAACGUCAGGGCAAUGUUCUGACGCUACACUUGGUAAAUGAGGAUACUAUUAUAAAAUUCGAAGACAACGAAACGCAUAUCGUGUGCGGGGGCAAACAAUCUUUACGCUUAAAGCUAAGGGAUUCGUUGUUAAAAUGUCUUCAGUCGUUUUAGAUAGAAAACGGCAAAACAUAUUAAUAAACAUGUUUAAUUAUA